UUUUACGUAAGUGAGGACGCGGUGACGUCAGCGCCAGUUUGACAAGCAUGAGGCGCAUACUCAGUACGAGUUUAUUGAGGUUUAAUGGUGUAUUUAGAGGAAAUCCUCCCUCUGAAGUGUCGCUAACAGCUGGUAAAAGAAGAGCUCUCGUGCUGAAUUUCAACUGCAAAUCCACGAGUGACCAUACCACCAUGGACCUGAGCGACAUGAGGAAGAAAUACAAAGGAGAUGAGGAGUGCUUUGAAGAAAGCCAGCUUGUCUCUCUGGAUCCAAUCACACAGUUUGGAAACUGGUUCGAUGAAGCCACCAAGUGUCCUCAAAUUGGAGAGGCGAAUGCAAUGUGCAUCGCCACUGCCACUAAAGAUGGACGUCCGUCUGCUCGUAUGGUCCUCCUGAAAGGUUACAGCAACGAAGGUUUCCGCUUCUUCACCAACUAUGAGAGCAGGAAAGGUUCAGAGCUGGAGAGCAAUCCAUACGCAUGUCUGGUCUUCUACUGGGAACCAAUAAACAGACAGAUUCGCAUUGAGGGCAAUGUGGAGCGAAUCCCCUUCCAGACUUCGUGCGACUACUUCCACUCCCGACCAAAGAGCAGCCAGAUCGGAGCCGUCGUGAGCCGGCAGAGCACUCCAGUUCCUGACAGAGACUAUCUGAGGCAGAAGAAUGCAGAGCUGCUGGAGAAGUACAAAGACUCAGAGGUGCCGAUGCCCGACUACUGGGGAGGCUACAUCGUGAAGCCGUACCUGAUCGAGUUCUGGCAGGGUCAGACCAACAGACUCCACGACCGCAUCGUCUUCACCAAACAGAAGGACGGAGAGUCGGAGCUGGGAGAGUUUCAGCACGCUGCAGAGGGAGGCUGGGUGUACCGGAGACUGUCUCCAUGAGAGGAGACACCUGAACGGACUCACACGCAGGGAAGGAAGGAAAACUCAUCUAAUCAUUGUUUUUAAAACAUGCUCGUCUGGCUGUUCUGAAUCCAGGUGCUACUGUGUGUGUGUACGAUCAUCUGUGGAAGCCUCCUGAUGUCGACAUAACGUGAUCACACUUACUUCACACUUUCCAUGCAUUACAAAAUCAAAAGAUGCUGCUGACCCACGCAGGAGAACAAACUCCACCUGGAAUGAUUGACAGAGGAGCGGGUUACUCAGCAGCGUUGUUGUUAACCUUUAGAGCGUGAAGACUGUGUCUUAUUCCUUUAAAAAGCACAAACUGUACGAAUGACUGUCCACUCCUCCUCACACUACUUUAUCAUAACUCGUCCACUGAUGCAGCUUCGAAUGGUUUGUUUAGUUAGUGACAUUUCAUUUUGCAUGUCUCACAUUUCUUAAAAAGAUCACUGAAGGUUCCUUGAAGUGCAUUUUGUGAUUUUGCACUAAUUACAGGAAGAAAAAAGAGACAUUCUGAAACUUUAAUUUGACUUUAUACACAUAUUUUGCUUUCCUUUUUCAUUCCCUUGAUUAAAAACAAACAUUUUAACUCAAGUAAACACUUUAUUUGUAACAUCCAGACAAUCUAAAGAUAUUAAAUAUGAUCUGAUAGCAUAUUGGUGACAUGCAUUCAAAUUCUGCUCGUGUCGUGAAUUAAAUAAGUUGAAACAACCCAAAAUAAUACUCGUCUGAUGCAACAGCACCUUUCUUUUUGGCCUCAGUAAUAAAUCUAUGAUUAUAUGUUCACAAUAACACCAGCAUAUAAUCAAUAUAAUGUAAAGCUAUCAAGGAAGAAUUUAAGGCGUAGAGGUUGUUUUGAUUGUGAGAGAUUGUGCAAAGUUUGUUGAUUUGCAUGAUCCAUGAGGGACAAACUGAAUAAUGCUUUAAAUGUUCCCAUUUUUGUUUCAUUUAAUGAAGGAUUUAUGUUUUAUUUUGCAUUUUUGCAGACUAACUUUUGAAAUCAUAGUACCAGAUUACAAACCAGGAACCUUCACAUGAGCUUAAAGACUUCAUUAAAGGAAAAAAAGGGAACCAAGGAACCCAUAAAGAACAGUCUCACCUUGUUGUUCCUGUGACCCGACUGUAGCUGACUUUCAUUCUGUCUCUGUGUCAGUCUUAAGUGAAGACGCUGCCUUUUAAUGCCUUCAGAGAUUAAAAGAGCUGAGUGUUUAAACUGUGCCAUCAAUGCUGUGUGUGUGUGUGUGUGUGUGUGUGUGUGUAACGUCUGUCUUGUUGUGAAAUCUGAGAUUGUUGUUUAUUGUUUACUGGUGAAAUGAAUGGGAGAGAUUAUGUGACUUGAAGUUAUUGUGGAAUAGAGCCAUUAAUAAAGUUUAAUUUGUAGCACA